CGCUUUCCGGCCGCAGGGAUGCCGGGCGCGCGGUGGCAAAGCCGCCCGGGUUGGAUUCCGCCUGCUCCCACCCCCUGGUUCCGAGGAGCCUCCACAUCCGAAUCCAAGGCCCACGGUCCGCGGCGGGCGUUUGCUGCGCCCUCCACUGUGUGGGAGCGGGAAAGGGGAGCCGCUAGUCCAGGCGGAGGGGCUUGUGGCAGUCGCCGGGGCCGCGUUCUCGGCGCCCUCCGUCAGGACGCCUGUGUGCAUCGCGUCCGUGUGUCUUGGCUCUGUUCCAAGCCGGCUCCACGCUUCAGAAGGGCCGGGACGGCCUUAUGGUCAGAGGUGUGGGGGAGGCGCUUGGUGUCUGUCGCACAGAUGAAGCCAUGUCCUCAGGGGGUAAUUGCCGCUUGUUCUCCGGGUUACGUCCUGGACUGUGCACUCCGGGAAGGCAUCGAUUGGAUCUUGUUGGGGUUUGUGUUCCUGGAACUCCAGAAAUGCCCGCUGAGUGCUGGAGAGUCAUGCCUGUGAGCCCUGGGCACCUCCUGAUGUCCUGCGAGGCCACGGUGUUCCCAAACCUCAGGGUUGCCCUGCCCCACUCCAGAGGCUCUCAGGCCCCACCCCGGAGCCCUCUGUGUGGAGCCACCUCCUCCUGGCCAGUUCCCCAGUAGUCCUGAAGGGAGACCUGCUGUGCGGAGCCUCUUCUGGGACCCAGCCAUGAGUGUGGAGCUGAGCAACUGAACCUGAAACUCUUCUACUGUGAGUCAAGGAGGCUUUUCCGCACAUGAAGGACGCUGAGCGGGAAGGACUCCUCUCUGCCUGCAGUUGUAGCGAGUGGACCAGCACCAGGGGCUCUCUAGACUGCCCCUCUUUCAUCGCCUUCCCUGCCUCUCCAGGACAGAGCAGCCACGUCUGCACACCUCGCCCUCUUUACACUCAGUUUUCAGAGCACGUUUCUCCUAUCUCCUGCGUGUUGCAGUGCCUGCUUGAACUUAUUCAGACCACCUACUUCUCUAGCAGCACUGGGCGUCCCUUUCAGCAAGACGAUGGCUGUGCUCAGGCAGCUGGCGCUUCUCCUCUGGAAGAACUACACCCUGCAGAAGCGGAAAGUCCUGGUGACGGUCCUGGAACUCUUCCUGCCAUUGCUGUUUUCUGGGAUCCUCAUCUGGCUCCGCUUGAAGAUUCAGUCGGAAAAUGUGCCCAACGCCACCAUCUACCCGGGCCAGUCCAUCCAGGAGCUGCCUCUGUUCUUCACCUUCCCUCCGCCAGGAGACACCUGGGAGCUCGCCUACAUCCCUUCUCACAGUGACGCUGCCAAGACCGUCACUGAGACAGUGCGCAGGGCACUUGUGAUCAACAUGCGAGUGCGCGGCUUUCCCUCCGAGAAGGACUUUGAGGACUACAUUAGGUACGACAACCGCUCGUCCAGCGUGCUGGCCGCCGUGGUCUUCGAGCACCCCUUCAACCACAGCAAGGAGCCCCUGCCGCUGGCGGUGAAAUAUCACCUACGGUUCAGUUACACACGGAGAAAUUACAUGUGGACCCAAACAGGCUCCUUUUUCCUGAAAGAGACAGAAGGCUGGCACACUACUUCCCUUUUCCCGCUUUUCCCAAACCCGGGACCAAGGGAACCUACAUCCCCUGAUGGCGGAGAACCUGGGUACAUCCGGGAAGGCUUCCUGGCCGUGCAGCAUGCUGUGGACCGGGCCAUCAUGGAGUACCAUGCCGAUGCCACCACACGCCAGCUGUUCCAGAGACUGACGGUGACCAUCAAGAGGUUCCCGUACCCGCCAUUCAUCGCAGACCCCUUCCUCGUGGCCAUCCAGUACCAGCUGCCCCUGCUGCUGCUGCUCAGCUUCACCUACACCGCGCUCACCAUUGCCCGUGCUGUCGUGCAGGAGAAGGAAAGGAGGCUGAAGGAGUACAUGCGCAUGAUGGGGCUCAGCAGCUGGCUGCACUGGAGUGCCUGGUUCCUCUUGUUCUUCCUCUUCCUCCUCAUCGCCGCCUCCUUCAUGACCCUGCUCUUCUGUGUCAAGGUGAAGCCAGAUGUAGCCGUGCUGUCCCGCAGCGACCCCUCCCUGGUGCUGGCCUUCCUGCUGUGCUUCGCCAUCUCUACCAUCUCCUUCAGCUUCAUGGUCAGCACCUUCUUCAGCAAAGCCAACAUGGCAGCAGCCUUCGGAGGCUUCCUCUACUUCUUCACCUACAUCCCCUACUUCUUCGUGGCCCCUCGGUACAACUGGAUGACUCUGAGCCAGAAGCUCUGCUCCUGCCUCCUGUCUAACGUCGCCAUGGCAAUGGGAGCCCAGCUCAUUGGGAAAUUUGAGGCGAAAGGCAUGGGCAUCCAGUGGCGAGACCUCCUGAGUCCCGUCAACGUGGACGACGACUUCUGCUUCGGGCAGGUGCUGGGGAUGCUGCUGCUGGACUCUGUGCUCUAUGGCCUGGUGACCUGGUACAUGGAGGCCGUCUUCCCAGGGCAGUUCGGCGUGCCUCAGCCCUGGUACUUCUUCAUCAUGCCCUCCUAUUGGUGUGGGAAGCCAAGGGCGGUUGCAGGGAAGGAGGAAGAAGACAGUGACCCCGAGAAAGCACUCAGAAACGAGUACUUUGAAGCCGAGCCAGAGGACCUGGUGGCGGGGAUCAAGAUCAAGCACCUGUCCAAGGUGUUCAGGGUGGGGAAUAAGGACAGGGCGGCCGUCAGAGACCUGAACCUCAACCUGUACGAGGGACAGAUCACCGUCCUGCUGGGCCACAACGGUGCCGGGAAGACCACCACCCUCUCCAUGCUCACAGGUCUCUUUCCCCCCACCAGUGGACGGGCAUACAUCAGCGGGUAUGAAAUUUCCCAGGACAUGGUUCAGAUCCGGAAGAGCCUGGGCCUGUGCCCGCAGCACGACAUCCUGUUUGACAACUUGACAGUCGCAGAGCACCUUUAUUUCUACGCCCAGCUGAAGGGCCUGUCACGUCAGAAGUGCCCUGAAGAAGUCAAGCAGAUGCUGCACAUCAUCGGCCUGGAGGACAAGUGGAACUCACGGAGCCGCUUCCUGAGCGGGGGCAUGAGGCGCAAGCUCUCCAUCGGCAUCGCCCUCAUCGCAGGCUCCAAGGUGCUGAUACUGGACGAGCCCACCUCGGGCAUGGACGCCAUCUCCAGGAGGGCCAUCUGGGAUCUUCUUCAGCGGCAGAAAAGUGACCGCACCAUCGUGCUGACCACCCACUUCAUGGACGAGGCUGACCUGCUGGGAGACCGCAUCGCCAUCAUGGCCAAGGGGGAGCUGCAGUGCUGCGGGUCCUCGCUGUUCCUCAAGCAGAAAUACGGUGCCGGCUAUCACAUGACGCUGGUGAAGGAGCCGCACUGCAACCCGGAAGACAUCUCCCAGCUGGUCCACCACCACGUGCCCAACGCCACGCUGGAGAGCAGCGCUGGGGCCGAGCUGUCUUUCAUCCUUCCCAGAGAGAGCACGCACAGGUUUGAAGGUCUCUUUGCUAAACUGGAGAAGCAGCAGAAAGAGCUGGGCAUUGCCAGCUUUGGGGCGUCCAUCACCACCAUGGAGGAAGUCUUCCUUCGGGUCGGGAAGCUGGUGGACAGCAGUAUGGACAUCCAGGCCAUCCAGCUCCCUGCCCUGCAGUACCAGCACGAGAGGCGCGCCAGCGACUGGGCUGUGGACAGCAACCUCUGUGGGGCCAUGGACCCCUCCGACGGCAUUGGAGCCCUCAUCGAGGAGGAGCGCACCGCUGUCAAGCUCAACACUGGGCUCGCCCUGCACUGCCAGCAGUUCUGGGCCAUGUUCCUGAAGAAGGCCGCAUACAGCUGGCGUGAGUGGAAAAUGGUGGCGGCACAGGUCCUGGUGCCUCUGACCUGCGUCACCCUGGCCCUCCUGGCCAUCAACUACUCCUCGGAGCUCUUCGACGACCCCAUGCUGAGGCUGACCUUGGGCGAGUAUGGCAGAACCGUCGUGCCCUUCUCAGUUCCCGGGACCUCCCAGCUGGGUCAGCAGCUGUCAGAGCAUCUGAAAGACGCACUGCAGGCUGAGGGACAGGAGCCCCGCGAGGUGCUCGGUGACCUGGAGGAGUUCUUGAUCUUCAGGGCCUCUGUGGAGGGGGGCGGCUUUAAUGAGCGGUGCCUUGUGGCAGCGUCCUUCAGAGAUGUGGGAGAGCGCACGGUCGUCACCGCCUUGUUCAACAACCAGGCGUACCACUCUCCAGCCACUGCCCUGGCCGUCGUGGACAACCUUCUGUUCAAGCUGCUGUGCGGGCCUCACGCCUCCAUUGUGGUCUCCAACUUCCCCCAGCCCCGGAGCGCCCUGCAGGCUGCCAAGGACCAGUUCAACGAGGGCCGGAAGGGAUUCGACAUUGCCCUCAACCUGCUCUUCGCCAUGGCAUUCUUGGCCAGCACGUUCUCCAUCCUGGCGGUCAGCGAGAGGGCCGUGCAGGCCAAGCAUGUGCAGUUUGUGAGUGGAGUCCAUGUGGCCAGUUUCUGGCUCUCUGCUCUGCUGUGGGACCUCAUCUCCUUCCUUAUCCCCAGUCUGCUGCUGCUGGUGGUGUUCAAGGCCUUCGACGUGCGUGCCUUCACGCGGGACGGCCACGUGGCCGACACCCUGCUGCUGCUCCUGCUCUACGGCUGGGCCAUCAUCCCCCUCAUGUACCUGAUGAACUUCUUCUUCUUGGGGGCGGCCACCGCCUACACGAGGCUGACCAUCUUCAACAUCCUGUCAGGCAUCGCCACCUUCCUGAUAGUCACCAUCAUGCGCAUCCCAGCUGUAAAACUGGAAGAACUUUCCAAAACCCUGGAUCGCGUGUUCCUGGUGCUGCCCAACCACUGUCUGGGGAUGGCAGUCAGCAGUUUCUACGAGAACUACGAGACGCGGAGGUACUGCACCUCCUCCGAGGUCGCCGCCCACUACUGCAAGAAAUACAACAUCCAGUACCAGGAGAACUUCUAUGCUUGGAGCGCCCCGGGGGUCGGCCGGUUCGUGGCCUCCAUGGCCGCCUCAGGGUGCGCCUACCUCAUCCUGCUCUUCCUCAUCGAGACCAACCUGCUUCAGAGACUCAGGGGCAUCCUCUGCGCCCUCCGGAGGAGGCGGACACUGACAGAAUUACACACCCGGAUGCCUGUGCUUCCUGAGGACCAAGAUGUAGCGGACGAGAGGACCCGCAUCCUGGCCCCCAGCCCGGACUCCCUGCUCCACACACCUCUGAUUAUCAAGGAGCUCUCCAAGGUGUACGAGCAGCGGGUGCCCCUCCUGGCCGUGGACAGGAUCUCCCUCGCGGUGCAGAAAGGGGAGUGCUUCGGCCUGCUGGGCUUCAAUGGAGCCGGGAAGACCACGACUUUCAAAAUGCUGACCGGGGAGGAGAGCCUCACUUCUGGGGAUGCCUUUGUCGGGGGUCACAGAAUCAGCUCUGAUGUCGGAAAGGUACGGCAGCGGAUCGGCUACUGCCCGCAGUUUGAUGCCUUGCUGGACCACAUGACAGGCCGGGAGAUGCUGGUCAUGUACGCUCGGCUCCGGGGCAUCCCUGAGCGCCACAUCGGGGCCUGCGUGGAGAACACUCUGCGGGGCCUGCUGCUGGAGCCACAUGCCAACAAGCUGGUCAGGACGUACAGUGGUGGUAACAAGCGGAAGCUGAGCACCGGCAUCGCCCUGAUCGGAGAGCCUGCUGUCAUCUUCCUGGAUGAGCCGUCCACUGGCAUGGACCCCGUGGCCCGGCGCCUGCUUUGGGACACCGUGGCACGAGCCCGAGAGUCUGGAAAGGCCAUUGUCAUCACCUCCCACAGCAUGGAGGAAUGUGAGGCCCUGUGCACCCGGCUGGCCAUCAUGGUGCAGGGGCAGUUCAAGUGCCUGGGCAGCCCCCAGCACCUCAAGAGCAAGUUCGGCAGCGGCUACUCCCUGCGGGCCAAGGUGCAGGGUGAAGGGCAACAGGAGGCGCUGGAGGAGUUCAAGGCCUUCGUGGACCUGACCUUUCCAGGCAACGUCCUGGAAGAUGAGCACCAAGGCAUGGUCCAUUACCACCUGCCGGGCCGUGACCUCAGCUGGGCGAAGGUUUUCGGUAUUCUGGAGAAAGCCAAGGAAAAGUACGGCGUGGACGACUACUCCGUGAGCCAGAUCUCGCUGGAACAGGUCUUCCUGAGCUUCGCGCACCUGCAACCGCCCACCGCAGAGGAGGGGCGAUGAGGGGUGCGGCUGUCUCGCCAUCAGGCAGGGACAGGACGGGCAAGCAGGGCCCAUCUUACAUCCUCUCUCUCCAAGUUUAUCUCAUCCUUUUUUUUAAUCACUUUUUUCUAUGAUGGAUAUGAAAAAUUCAAGGCAGUAUGCACAGAAUGGACGAGUGCAGCCCAGCCCUCAUGCCCAGGAUCAGCAUGCACGUCUCCACAUCUGCAUACUCUGGAGUUCACUUUCCCAGAGCUGGAGCAGGCCGGGCAGUCUGCGGGCAAGCUCCGGGGUCUCUGGGUGGAGAGCUGACCCAGGAAGGGCUGCAGCUGAGCUGGGGGGUUGAAUUUCUCCAGGCACUCCCUGGAGAGAGGACCCAGUGACUUGUCCACGUUUACACACGACACUAAUCUCCCCUGGGGAGGAAGCGGGAAGCCAGCCAGGUUGAACUGUAGCGAGGCCCCCAGGCCGCCAGGAAUGGACCAUGCAGAUCACUGUCAGUGGAGGGAAGCUGCUGACUGUGAUUAGGUGCUGGGGUCUUAGCGUACAGCACAGCCCAGGGGCAUCCUGGAGGCUCUGCUCCUUAGGGCAUGGUAGUCACCGCGAAGCCGGGCACCGUCCCACAGCAUCUUCUAGAAGCAGCCGGCACAGGAGGGAAGGUGGCCAGGCUCGAAGCAGUCUCUGUUCCCAGCACUGCACCCUCAGGAAGUCGCCCGCCCCAGGACACGCAGGGACCACCGUAAGGGCUGGGUGGCUGUCUCAAGGACACACUGAAUACGUUGUGACCAUCCAGAAAAUAAAUGCUGAGGGGACACAG